AUGGACGUCCAACACAAUUGUUCCACGAUAGUGCCCAAUCAGCAUGUUCUCAUCAAGUUGCCGUCGGAGGGAAUGAAAAUUGCCUUUUUGAGGGAAGAGGGUACCAUCAGUUUGGGUAAGUUCGGUGCUUUCAAGGUGGAAUCGAUUCUCGGCCAUCCCUUGGGAACCACCUUCGAGAUUGGAGAGAAUCAAGAUGCUGUGCCUGUUAAAUCUAUGAUCCACAAUGAAGACCCGGUCGAGAAUGAAAUCACCGAGGAGGAGCUCACCAAAGAUCAGCUCACCAAGUACUUUGAGGUCAGCGCCGAGUCGAACCAGGAUAUCAUCAAUAUCGGCCUGAGCAUCCAGAAAUUGGACAACAAGCAGAUAGAUGACCUCAAAAAGAGUGGCGCUUCUUCCGAGAUCGGACAGAAGAUCAUCGAGCAGAUCAUCGCCGGCCAUGCUGCGUUCGAUAAGAAAACCGUCUUCUCACAACAGAAGUACUUGCGUAGAAAACAGCGAAAGUUUUUGCGUCGGUUCCAGGUCGAAUACUUGGGACUGUCACAGCUAUUGCAAUACUACAUUGACAAAGAUAUCCAGAGAGUGUUGCACAUGAGUGAGGAGACGUUGGGUAUGCUUCUUUCGUACGCCAAUAUCCGUCCUGGAGGAAACUAUUUGGUUCUUGACGACACCGCCGGUGUUGUUGUGUAUGCUAUGUUGGAGAGAAUGCAAGGCAAGGGAAGCAUUCUUCUCAUUCAUGAGAAUGAGCAUGCCAAUCUUGCUGCCUUGAGGCACUCAGACUACUCCGAAGAGUAUCAAAAGAAGAUGAUCAAAACGCUCAGUUGGCUCCAGUUUGCUGAGCCAGAAAACGAGAAGAUUGAGUGGGAAGACUUGCCACAAGAAGAGAUAGAUGAGAUGAGACCCACGAAACAACUACAAUAUUCGAGAAGACUGAAGCGUGCCGCCGAGAUCAACGAUGCCUUGGACAUGGUUAUCAACGGCAACUUUGAUGCGCUUGUUGCUGUUUCUACUCUUAACAUCUCGUCUCUCUUGCCAUACGUUGUUCCCCGUGUAGGUGGUUCGAGACCCGUCGUAUUCUACAGUCCUUACAAGGAAGUUCUACUAGAGACACAGCACGAGCUCAUGACUGACAAACGAGUCUUGGCCCCCGCUAUGUUCGAAACAAGAGCCAGAGUGUAUCAAACUAUACAGGGUCGGUUGCAUCCUCUCAUGACUUCCAGAGGGUAUGGCGGUUACAUUCUCUACGGAAUCCGAGUCUUUCCUGCUGGCGGCCACAUCCAAGCAGUCGGAAAGGGUACCAGAAAGAAGCCCAAGCAUGAUAAUGUGAAGUCUGCGACCAUGACACCACAGCCUGAGGCUGAAGCCGCCAAAAUCGAGGACCUCCAGGAAGGUAAGUAA